AUGUACUCGGCAAACGGCGAUGAUUAUAUCGUAGGAGACGUGAUCGGCUUCGGAGCAUCCUCCGUCGUACAUCAAGGCGUCUUCAAACCGCUCGACAGGGCUUGCGCCAUCAAGGUCAUCGAUCUCGAAGCCUACGGUCGCGACACCGAGGAGCUGCGCCGAGAAACGCAGCUCAUGUCGCUCUCCAAGCAUCCCAACGUCCUUCGAGUGCGAGGUUGCUGGGUCAGAGGCUCCAAGCUUCACAUUGCCACUCGUCUCAUGAGUAGCGGCUCCAUGCUCGACAUCAUGCGCUUCGCCCACCCGGAAGGCUUUGACGAGAUCGUCAUCGCCACCGUGCUCAAACAGGCUCUCGAGGGCCUCAACUACCUGCACGUCAACGGCUGGCUCCAUCGCGACCUCAAGGCGGCCAACAUCCUGGUCGACGACGACGGCACCGUCCUGCUCGGCGAUUUUGGCGUCGGCGUCUUUGUAGGUGACACGGACAAGUCGUCCGGUAGCGUCUCGAGCGAAGGCAAGCGCAAGAGCUUUGUCGGCACGCCUUGCUGGAUGGCGCCCGAGGUGAUCGAGCGCAAGCAUUACGGCACCAAGGCCGACAUUUGGAGCUUCGGCAUCACCGCGCUCGAGUUGGCACAAGGGAGAGCACCGAAUUCGAAGCUCAAUCCGGUCAAGGUGCUGAUGCGCACGAUGCAGGAUGAGCCGCCGCAACUGGAUCGCACGGGCGGUGCACACAGGUAUUCGAAGCUCAUGGACGAUUUUGUUCGUCAGUGUCUGCAAAAGAGCCCUGACAAGCGACCCACGGCAGACAAGCUUCUGGCGCAUGGAUUUUUCAAACAAGCCAAGACACCCAAAUACCUCAUCUCGGCGGUGCUAGCCGGGCUGCCACCGCUCGCUGACCGACAGGAGCGACGUCGUGCAGGCUCUAUCCAUUCGACGCAGCACUAUCUGUCUUGGGAUUUUGACACCAUCCACAGCCGAACCACCACGCCCAACCUGGAAAAGCUCGAUCCGUUUCGCAAUUUUACGGGUGUCGUGUCUCUGCCUUCGCCUCACGGAUCCGUUCGUUCGACCAAGCUCGUUUCGAUCGAUGGUCAGCAUGUGCUCGCCACAGAGGGAGACGACACGAGCCUAAUGCGUAGAUUCAGUAGCUACGACGACUCGCCGACAAAGGAGGCGCAUCUUCAGAACAGCCUUAGCAAACGGCGCAAUCGUUCUGUGGACGGUCGAUUGUCGCAUCGUAAAUCCGUCUCUUUCGAGCAGACGGAUGGCGGAGGUACAGAUGGGGUCGAAGGCGACUUAUCGGUGGGCCAUUCGCAGCUGGCUCCCAUUGGGGAGAAGGCGUCACCGAUGGCGGUGCCAGAGAGCGCGGACGAAGAGCCGACUGCCCUCAAACUCAGCGGCGAUACGAAGGUCGCAGAGGUAUCGCCAAACAGCAGCAGCAGCAGCAGUAGCAAUCGCAGCAGAGACUUGACGUCGCCAACGCCAGCGUCACAGCAACGAUCGGUCUCAUCUUCCACCACAGCCACGAUGACGCCUCAGCGAGUCAACGCCGAAAAGGACAGCGACGCCUCAGCAGUAGCACCACCUCCACCAUCAGCUCAGAACAUGCUUCAACGUACGGCCAGCCGCCUACGAGGAAACGGCAACGCCGAACCCGCUUCUGCCCCAGCAGCUCCUCCCACCGUUGAAGCAGGUAAACAUCAUAAACGCGAAUCCGUCUUUGGCAAGCUGUUCAAGGGUACCAGCUCCAAUCGCAAGGAAGGCAAAGUUUGA